UAUCGAAUAAUUCCGACAUGUAAAUUGAAUAAGAAACAUCAUUUUGAAAAAUUUAAACUUUUAAAAAUUUAAUCCAAGUUUAAAUACCUCUUGAAUUUAAUAGUUUUUAAAGUUAUAUGAAAAAAUGGCAUACUAUGUACCAAUUAACAGCCGUAAACUACUUUAUUAUGUGGCAGGAGAAGGAUAUGCAAUAUGCUUAGAAAAAUGGUUUACUACUCUUGAGAAAGAUCCACUAUUUAACACAGGAAAAACAUGGGAUGACUAUCUUCGAAUGCCUUUAUCUGAAUUUAGGCAUUUAGCAGUAAAACGUGCUCGUGCUCUCGCUGAAUACCAGUUUAUUGAAAAUGAAAAUAUUUUAGAAAAUCCUGUUUGUGGUGCUGCUUAUAGUGACGCUUGUUGCUACUUGGAUUAUGCAUUUGGAAUGGUUUAUUUUCUUAAUCGAUCGCUAUUUUCAAUGACAAUCUAUAAAGGUUCAAAGGAUUCUAACAACUUGGAAUUAGCAAGUAAAGCCGAUUCUAUGGAGAUAUUGGGAUCGUUUGCGCUAACAGAACUUGCCCAUGGUAGUAACACAAAAGGAAUGCAGACAACUGCGACAUAUGAUCCAAGUACACAAGAAUUUGUUUUGAAUACACCAUCUUUUCAAGAUAUUAAAUGCUGGUCUGGUUGUCUGGGUAAUCUUGCAAUGUAUGCUAUUGUUUAUGCACAACUUUAUACGUCGGAUGGGGUGAAACAUGGUUUACACCCAUUUAUAGUACAAGUACGCAAUUAUAACAAAGAACCUUUACCUGGUAUUACAGUUGGAGACAUGGGUUUAAAGCUUGGCUUGAAUGGGCUAAGUAAUGGCUACUUAUCACUGAAUAACGUUCGAGUACCUAGAACAGCAUUGAUAGAUAAACAAGGUGGAGUUACACCCGAUGGAGUAUAUAUAACUCCAUUCAAAGAUAUUAGUAAACGCUUUGGGGCUGUUUUGGGCACUCUAUCUGGUGGUCGAGUUGGUAUUACAGGAUUAGCUAUUUGUAAUUUAAUAAAUGCUUUGACAAUAGCUGUACGUUAUUCUGCAUGUCGUAAACAAUUUGGACCUUCUGAAGAAAGUGAAGAAUUACCAGUUAUUGAAUAUCAAAUGCAGCAAUGGCGUUUAUUUCCAUAUCUAGCAGGAACAUAUGUUUGGAAAUCAUUUUGUUCAUGGUUAAAUACCGAGUUUUACAGAGUUACAAUUACAAGCAUGUCUAAUUUUGCGGCAAAUCCUGAUAUUGCAGCAGACGUUGGAAAAGAGAUUCACAUUUUGUCAUGUGCUUCAAAACCUGUAGCAUCAUGGCUAGCCCAACAAGGUAUUCAAGAGGCUCGUGAAGCUUGUGGAGGACACGGGUAUCUAGCUGUUAAUCGUCUUGGUGUACUACGUGAUCAAAAUGACCCCAAUUGUACUUAUGAAGGAGAUAACAACUGUAUUUUAAUGCAAACAAGCAACUAUCUCCUCGGCGUCUUUAAAGAUUUAAAAAUGGGUUUACACGUUGAAUCACCUGGCGAGAGUAUUAACUUUUUAAACAAUCAUCUUAAGAAUCUUCAAAACAGAUGUUCUGUUAUGUCUCUUAAUGAUCUCACUCCUAAAGUUAUUGAAGAAACAUUUGAUUGGUUAGUAAGUUUUCUACUUGAACAAAGUCAAUUUAGAUAUCAAACACAGCUUACUAUUAGCAAGGAUGAAUUCACUGCUAAAAAUAAUUCGCAAGUAUAUUAUUGUCGAACUCUUGCAAUGGCAUUUAUUGAGAGAUAUGCAAUAAGCAAGUUUGGAAUUGAAAAAGCGUUUUCUUCAAAUUGUCCAUCAGAGUUUAAGGACCUUUUAAAAAAUGUUUAUAUGUUGUAUGGACUCUGGAUCAUAGAGAAAAAUCUAACCAAUCUGUUUCAAGGUGGUUACAUAACUGAUCCUAAGCAAGCGGAAAUCAUUAGAGAAGGUGUUUUGCAUUAUUGCUCUUUGAUAAAACCUUGUGCAUUAACAUUAGUUGAUGCACUUGCUCCUCCUGAUUGGGUUUUAAAUUCACCAAUUGGUCAUAGCAAUUUACAACCUUUAAAGAAUUUGUAUGAUGUGAUGGUCACUCCUGAAUCUCAAAAGCGUCCAACCUGGUGGAAUGAGGUUGCAGGUGGAGUUCAGCUUGGGUCAAAAAGUCAUCUUAUUGCCAGCAAGUUGUAAUUCUAAGCUUCAAAAUAUGUCAACUAACUUAACUAACUUUGAAGAUAAAAACAGCCUGUAGAGUUGAACAUUGAGUUAUUUAUUAAAUGUUUCAAAUAUUUUUUAGAGUAGAGUAUAGUUUUAAAAUUUAUUGUCAAAUUACUUAAUUUUGUUUAUAUCAUAAGUUUUCAUGGUUUUAUUUUAAAAAAAAGUUCAAUUAAUUUGAAGUCUAUCAAUAACUAAUAAAAUGCAUAAUAAUAAUUAAAAAAAAAAAAAAGUCAGUUUGCUUUUUUUUUUAACACUUUUUUAGUUUUUUAGUUUUAAAUUUUACCAAUUUUACAUUUGUAAAAUAGAAUUGUUGUUAUUAUUUAGCUAAUUGUUUUUUUUUUUUUGUUUGUUAGUUUUUGUUUUUUGUUUUAUGUAUUUUCAUAUUUGAUGUGCAUCUUGUAAUUCUUGUACAAACAGAUUUUUUUCUGCUCAUAAAAUUUAUACAAAUCAUUAAUCUGUUUGUUAAUUUUUGUGAAGUGUUUUUUCAUUGCUA